GGACAGCCAGGUCCACACUGAGAAAUCUUGUCUUUGGAAACCAAACCAAAACGAAAAACAUUUACUUGCAAUGUUUCAUGGGAGUGUAACCUGCCACUUGUAUCCUCACACUGGCACUCAGAAGGCGGUAGGUUUGAGUAUGGGGUACACCCAAGUGGUCCAGCCUGGGCUCAGCAUGCAUGGGCCCCUGGAAUGAGGUUUCCCGAGUUCUGCAGUGUUAGGCUCACACAGCACCAGGCACUCUUCUGGUUGCUAGGCUCAGUGCUUAAGAGCACUGAUCGGCUUCCCACCACCCACACUGAGGUCCACAGGUCAAACUCAGUCUGGGGUAUCCCAUGCCCUUUCCUGGCCUCUGUAAGCACGUGCUACAGUACACGCGUGUACACAUAAAAAGUAAGUAAAAAUAGAGGGGGAAAUAGAGAAGGGUUAUGUGGGUCUUCCUGGUGGAAGCAGCUGGGGUCACCUCCAAGAUUCACACCCUGGCUGAUCUACGUGGGUCAAUGAUCUUAACAGUCUCAAAGGUUUCCGUAUUUUCCCAAAAUAGAACGAGCAGCUGGGAGACACCUGUUCACGCGCACGAGUGGGGGCAGUUUCACAUCCAAAAGCAACAGGAUGUUCAACUGUCCUGCCGGAGUUCUCUCUUCGGCGGGCAGCUGUAGGCUGAGGGCCACAAACCGCAGCACCUGCUCGGUUAACCAGAAAGGCGAGUCUGGCCAGGACCGGAAAGUAGGGAGGGCCGGGCAGGCGCGCCGAUGUCUGGGUGUGUGGAAUAGAAUCCCACUCCUUAGCCCAACCUGGCGUCGAACUCACUCACAGCCAGCUCCUGCCCUGGUCACCUGAGUGCAGGUGCGACUCUGAUGCAGACGUUGGCCCACUCAGUGCAGCUGCACGCCAGUCACCGCGCACUCCGACCGGGGAAGGACGACCGGUGCCACCAAGGCGUGCCCCGCCCACCACCCCAGAGACCGGAGUGCACUGGGGUUCCAGGAACAGCCGGCCCGGGCCGGGCGAGGCGUCAUCUGCGCAUGCGCCCAGCGCCCCGGCUCAAAGCUCUGGGACCCAGGGUAGUUCGGCCAUCGCGCAGGCGCACUGGCGGCUUCCCCGCUGCAGCCAUGGCCGAGUCCGCGCCUGGUCUCAUCUCGGUCUUCUCCAGCCCGCAGGAGUUGGGCGCGUCGCUGGCGCAGCUGGUAGCGCAGCGGGCCGCGAGCUGCUUGGAAGGGAACCGUGGCCGCUUCGCGCUCGGCCUGUCCGGCGGCAGCCUGGUCUCCAUGCUGGCCCGGGACCUGCCCGCCGCCGUCGCUCCCGCCGGGCCCGACAGCUUCGCGCGCUGGACGCUCGGCUUCUGCGACGAGCGCCUCGUGCCCUUCGAGCACGCCGAGAGCACGUACGGCCUCUACCGGACACACCUGCUCUCAAAGUUGCCCAUCCCAGACAGCCAGGUCCUCACUGUCAAUCCUGCCUUGCCCGUGGAGGAUGCCGCAGAGGACUAUGCCGGGAAGCUGAGGCAGGCCUUCCAAGGAGACACUGUCCCCGUGUUUGACCUGCUGAUCCUGGGGGUGGGCCCUGACGGCCACACAUGCUCGCUCUUCCCUGGUCAUCCCCUCCUACAGGAGCAAGAGAAGAUUGUGGCUCCCAUCAGUGACUCCCCAAAACCACCACCGCAGAGGGUGACCCUGACGCUCCCUGUGCUAAAUGCAGCCCAGAGUAUCAUCUUCGUGGCCACAGGGGAAGGCAAGGCAGCUGUACUGAAGCGCAUCCUGGAGGACAAAGACAGCUCGCUGCCGGCCACCAUGGUGCAGCCGCGCACGGGCGCCCUCUGCUGGUUCCUGGACGAGGCGGCCGCACGAUUGCUGUCGGUGCCCUUCGAGAAGCAUUCCACGCUGUAGCGCAGGGCACACACGCGUGGGCACUUUGGAGCUGGCCCCCGGCCUCUGCCCCGGGCUUUCUGGAAAAGCCUCCGGGGGCCGCGGGAGCGAACCAACUGAGAAUUAAACAGCGUUCUGGAA